AUGCCCACUGUUCACCUGUUGGACUAUGUCGCCGGCAACGUCAGGAGCCUGGUGAACGCCAUUGAAAAGUCGGGCUACGAAGUUGAAUGGAUCAGAUCGCCAGAGGAAGUCCCCAAGGCAGAGAAACUCAUCCUCCCCGGUGUCGGCCACUUCGGCCACUGUCUCUCACAGCUCUCCCAGGCCGGAUACCUCGAGCCCAUCCGGAAACACAUUGCGGAGGGCAAGCCCUUCUUCGGUGUCUGUGUUGGUCUUCAGGCUCUCUUCGAGGGCUCAAUCGAGAACCCGGAUGUGCCCGGCCUGGGAGUCAUCCCCGCGGCUCUGGACCGUUUCGAUGACUCGACCAAGUCAGUCCCGCAUAUUGGGUGGAACAACGCCUUUACUGGAGGAAAGGCCAUGUACGACCUCCAGCCCGACUCCAAGUACUACUAUGUCCACUCGUACAAGUGUCCCUACAAACCGGGCGAGCUCGAGUCCCAAGGCUGGACGGUAGCAACUGGUACCUAUGGCACCGAGACUUUCGUAGGCGCCAUUGCCAAAGGCAACGUCUACGCAACACAAUUUCACCCGGAGAAGUCUGGAGUUGCCGGUCUAAAGACUAUUCGCGCCUUUCUCACUGGCGAAGGUCUGAAGAAUCUUGGCACCGUUGUUGACGAAGCUGUUGCUAGUGCACCGGUCGAGUUCAAGGACAGUCUCACACGACGAGUCAUUGCCUGUCUUGAUGUUCGCACAAAUGACCAGGGCGAUCUUGUUGUCACCAAGGGCGACCAGUACGACGUUCGCGAGAAGAGCGACGACCGCAGCGUACGCAACCUCGGCAAGCCCGUUGAGAUGGCCAAGCGCUACUAUGAAGCUGGUGCCGACGAGGUGACCUUCCUCAACAUCACUUCCUUCCGAGACUGCCCCAUUGCCGACCUUCCCAUGCUCGAGAUCCUCCGCCAGACGUCUCGCACCGUCUUUGUGCCACUCACCAUCGGCGGUGGCAUUCGCGACACCGUGGAUACGGAUGGGACAAAAGUGUCGGCCCUCGAGAUCGCCACCAUGUACUUCAAGUCUGGCGCCGACAAGGUCUCGAUCGGCUCUGAUGCUGUCCUCGCUGCUGAGGAAUACUACUCCCUCGGACGCAAGCUCUUUGGCAACACUGCCAUUGAGCAGAUCUCGCGUGCCUACGGCAUCCAGGCUGUCGUCGUCUCCAUCGAUCCCAAGCGCGUCUAUGUCCCCAAGCCCGAUGCCACUCGUCACAACAUCAUCAAGACGAACUUCCCUGGCCCCAAGGGCGAGGAGUACUGUUGGUACGCCUGUACUAUCAAGGGCGGCCGUGAGACCCGUGACAUGGACGUUGUCGAGCUUGUCCAAGCCGUUGAGGCCAUGGGUGCCGGCGAGAUCCUCCUCAACUGCAUCGACAAGGACGGCACCAACAGUGGCUUCGACCUCGAGCUCAUCAACCAGGUCAAGGCCUCCAUCAAGAUUCCCGUCAUCGCCUCGAGCGGCGCCGGAAACCCAGGCCACUUCAAGGAGGUAUUUGAGAAGACCACGACUGACGCCGCCCUCGGCGCCGGCAUGUUUCACCGUGGCGAGUACACAGUCAAGCAGGUCAAGGAUUAUCUACAAGAGCAGGGACUCAAGGUGAGACAGUUUGAGGAGGGUUUCUAG